AUGGAAAAAGUCCUUAUGACGGAAUUGGAGGGACAACAAAAAGAUUGGUUGCAAGAGCUAAUUUUCAGUACAUUGAAGAAUUUACUGUUAAAAUUAAAAAAAAACGGAGAUAAUUGGGCGUGGACGUUCAAGUUGACAGAGAAUGCAAUUGGUUUUGGACAAGUGCUAAUGCUAACAAGCAGUUUUUCCAUACCUGAGCUUAGAGUGUGGCUCGUUUGGUGGGCUGAGUUCGCUCAUUUAGAGAGCUUUUUGGCCGUUCCAAAAUCAGUCUAUAGCUCAAUAAUUGAAGAUACUUUAUUUUUUGGUGUUUAA